AUGACUCUUUGGCCUUUAGACUCGCUUCGGCGACUUCGCCCUUUAAGUGACAAGGGGGUGAGGCCAGUCGCAGAUGGUAUGUUAGUCGGGACAGUCGGUGGAGAGGAUGGGCCUACAGAAGUAGGGCAAGUGGGUUCGGAUGCAGAGCUUGGGUGUUGUUGCGGAGUUAUUAUAGCAGCCAUUUUUUCUCUUUUUGAUCAAAGCAUUCUAGGUCUAGGAAACAUGAUGAUGCCAUCAGGGGGUUCGGGCGCCACCUGGAAGGAGGACACCCGUGAGAUCGAUGUACUUCUCGAGUCUUUUUCGGAAACGGAUGAAACGGGCUCGUCCGUAAACCAACCAGUAGCACCGCCUGUGCCGCCCGCUAAUCCAGUCGCUUCCCCGGGGGAAGAAGCUGGUCCUGCUAAUCAGACCCUACGAGUGGUCUCCUGUCCGUAUCAACCGGAUGAAGUGAUAGGGGGAGAUUGUCUUCUCUCCAUCGAACGUCGCCUUUUGGCGAAAUACUCCUUUCCCUCCCUCGAGGUCAUACGAAUGGCUCGUUUUGAUGCCGAAGAUCGAUUCGAGGUCAAAGUUGAGAUUAUCAAACUCAUGGCGGGCCUUGACCCAACGGGAGAUUGGAUGGGACGGGGAGCUCUCGCUAUCGAUAACCCUCGUACCGCCACGGGGGAAGAGUCGUUAGAAAAACUUUGUUAUCUAUUGGAUGAGCUAAAAGAGGGCGGAGUCGAGUCCCAAACCUUUUCUCAUUUAAAAAGCAAAGUUUUGCGAAAAUGGAAUGAUCAUGCCGAAAAUAGCACAUCUUAA